AUGGCCCAAUACUCGCUGCCCUCAAACUUCGCGCCCGGUUCUGUCCGUCACCUUUUGCAAACCCUUGCUGGGCGCUUCCCUUGGCUACACGUAUCCCCCACUCUUGUGGACUCACCGCAGCUCGUCUGGAUACUGAAAGCGCUGGUCCUGUUUGGCGUCAUUGACAGACUCAACAAGGUUGCGAGUUCCAUCGCCGCCAACAACUUCCGCCUGACUGCUGCCACCGGCUGGGACUGGCCGAGUGAAGUCGCCGUCGCCACGGGUGGCUCCGGUGGAAUUGGCAGGCACAUUUGUGAACAGCUUGCUGCCGCUGGCGUCCGAGUUGCUGUUCUCGAUGUCCAGGAGCUUCCAAAAGCUCUGGAAAGUAAUCCCCGAAUCCGCCACUACAGUUGCGAUAUCACCUCUGAAGAUUCCAUCGCUGCUGCCGCCGCUGGCAUCCGUAAGAACUUUGGACAUCCAUCAAUUCUUGUGAACAAUGCCGGGUACACACGGCCGGCCCCCAUCCUGCAAACUCCUCCCUCUGUAGAAUUCCUCCCACACAUGAUCAAGCAGAAUAAAGGGCAUGUGAUGACGGUUGCCAGCACUGUCUCUUUCGUGACGCUCCCAAGUUCAGCCGAUUACUGUAGCACCAAAGCCGCAGCGCUUUCAUUUCAUGAGGCGCUGAAGACGGCGCUUGUUGAAGACAUCUAA